AUGAGCUACACCCCGCCCGGCCUUGCGCUGAUCGAGAGCUCGACUCUCCUGAAGCAAGGAGCUGAGGGCCGCGUCUACAUCAACGACUCCCUCUUCGGCACGCCGAGCGUAUACUGGCCCGAGCCGGGCCCUCCUGCGCCUUCCACAGCCUCGUCCUCGACGCCAGCCAAGCCGAACGAGUGUGCGAGCCUCCCCGUGAUCAUCAAGCACCGCUUCCCGAAACGCUACAGGCAUCCUGCGCUCGAUGCCUCCCUGACGAAAGCCCGUCUGCAGGCCGAAGCGCGCGCGCUCUGGCGCUGUGCCAAGCUCGGCCUGCGCGUGCCCGGCGUCUACUUCGUGGACGAGAGCUGCGGCUGCCUCGGUCUAGAGAAGGUGCCGGGGUGGAGCGUGCGCGAGCUCCUCGGCGGAGGGGCGGAGGGCGAGCUCGAGGUCGAGCAAGUUGAUGAGGUCGAGUUGCCGGCCGAGGUUGCCAGACUCUCCGUCGCCAAGGGCGAGAGUGGAGAGAGCGCGGUCGCCACCGCCGAGGAGGUGGAGGAGAGCGAGGGCCUGAGGGCGCUCAAGGCGCAGGGCAAGACGGUCGAGGACCUCAUGCGCUCGAUUGGCUCCGCGCUUGGCAAAUUGCACGCCGCGAGCAUCACGCACGGCGACCUCACGACGAGCAACAUGAUGCUCUCCCCGACUUCCAGUGGGGAGAAGGAGCUUGCCCUCGUCCUCAUCGACUUUGGACUCAGCGCCCAGGCCACCAUGCCGGAACACUAUGCCGUGGACUUGUACGUCCUCGAGCGCGCCUUUGCGAGCACGCACCCGGGCUCCAAGGCGCUCUUUGACCUGGUUCUCGAGAGCUACGCGGCCGCCAUCCCGAAGAAGUGGCCCGGCAUCGAGAGCAAGCUCAAGGAGGUGCGGCUGCGCGGCCGCAAGAGGGACAUGACGGGGUGA